AUUGGUAACUUAGAGUUUGUUAUCCAACAUGGGUUCAUCUUUCUAUCUUCAUGUGUUCAUGCUCUUGGGUUGUUUUCAUCUUUUUAUAAUGUUGACUAACUCUUCCUCUUCUGCGCAGCCACUAUGCCAUGAAGAUGAGAGUUCAUCCUUGCUGCAGUUCAAGCAUAGCCUUCUUAUUAACAAGUUUGCUUCAGGUGAUCGUUCAGCUCGUUCAAAGGUUGAAUCAUGGAAGAAGUUCGAAGGAAAAAGUGGUGACUGUUGCUCAUGGGAUGGCGUCAAGUGUGACCACAACAAUGGUCAUGUGGUUGGCCUCGACCUCAGCAGCAGUUUUCUCUACGGUUCUAUCAACUUCAAUAGUAGCCUCUUCAACUUGGUUCACCUCCAGAGGCUGAAUCUUUCCGACAAUCACUUCAAUUAUUCUCAAAUCCCAUCUAGAAUCGGAAAACUUUCAAGGCUAACAAGUCUAGACCUAUCCUACUCUGUAUUUUUUAGUCAAAUCCCUUCAAAUAUCUCAUAUCUUUCAAAGUUGGUCUACCUCGAUCUCUCUGGAAAUGCUCUGAAACUUGAAAACCCCAAUUUGGAAGACCUAGUUCAAAAUCUUACCAGCUUGAAGGUACUUGACCUCAGUUGGGUAAAUGUAUCUUCUACAGUGACUCGUGCAUUGUCAAAUAUGUCUUCACUAACAACUCUUUUUCUUGAGAGUUGUCAGUUGUAUGGUGAAUUCCCAACGACCAUUUUUCAACUACCAAACCUUCAGAUUCUAAGGCUGGCAAAAAAUUACAAUCUCACUGGUAAUCUGCCUGAAUUUCACCUUAGUAGUCCCCUAAAGAAAUUGGAUUUAGUAGGAUGUAAUUUUUCUGGGAUGCUUCCAGUUUCGUUCGGUAGUGUGACCGAACUCACCUGCUUGGACCUUCGUGUGAACCAGUUUUGGGGCCAAAUUCCUGCAUCCCUGGGAAACCUAUCACAACUAACCGUCUUACGUUUUGGUGAAAAUAAUUUUGAUGCACCAACCUUACCUUUGACACUUGGUAAGCUAUCCAAACUCACUGACUUAUACCUUGCAGAUAUAAAAAUACGGGGUGAGAUACCACAGUUUUUAGCCAACCUGACCCAGCUAUCCACUUUGCUUAUCAAUUCAAAUGAAUUAGUUGGUCAAAUCCCAUCUUGGCUUAUGAACCUCACCAAAUUAACAGGUCUAGAAAUCACAGACAAUCAACUACAUGGCAUGAUUCCAAACUCAAUUUCUCAACUCAAAUAUCUUGAAUGGCUUAAUCUUAAUCAAAACAACUUGAGCAGUGAAGUAGAGUUAGACAUUUUUUCGAAGCUCCAAAACCUUGCUGCCUUGCAAUUGUCAGGGAACAAAUUGACAGUGGUUACCAAAAAUAUUACCAAUGCUACACUUCCAAAGUUUAAUGUUCUAGGAUUGGAAUCAUGUAACAUGAAAGAGUUCCCCAAUUUCCUACAGUUCCAGGAUGAAUUGGAGGUGUUAUUUUUUGAUAAUAACAAAAUUCAAGGUGAAAUACCAACUUGGUUUUGGAACAACACUAAAGAAAAUAUUCGAGAGGUCCAACUUGGGAACAACUUUCUGACAGGUUUUGAACAGCAUCCAGAUGUCAUUCCAUGGCGGUCACUACUAUUUUUAGACCUCAGUUUUAAUAGACUGCAAGGAUCACUACCAAUUCCACCACUGUCCACCAUUGUUUAUAAGGUCAUUGGUAACUCGUUAUCCGGAGAAAUUCCACCAUCAAUAAUCUGCCACAAUAGUUCUCUUAAAUUUUUAGAUUUGUCUGAUAAUAACUUUAGUGGCACGAUUCCUCAAUGUUUGCCCAGUUGUAGUGAUUCUCUACAGGUGCUCAAUCUAAGUCACAAUAAUUUUCACGGCGCAAUUCCUGACAUGAUGAUUGAUCUAAGUCAAAAUCAAUUACAUGGUCUGGCACCAAGAUCAUUGGAAAAUUGUACAAUGCUUGAGAUUCUUCUUCUUGGUAACAAUCAAAUGGAGGGUACUUUUCCCUCGUGGUUGGGAGCUCUUCCUAAGUUACAAGUUCUUAUUUUGCGAUCUAACAGAUUUCAUGGUGCCAUGAAUGUUUCUCAAGCCAAAUUAAAAUUUGCAAAAUUGCGCAUCAUUGACCUCUCUAACAAUGGUUUCUCGGGUAACUUACCGUCAUAA